UCAAACCUCAAUUUCAAAUACAAACUUACCUUAAUCUCCUCGCAAAUCCCACCUCGUACUCUCCGACAAGGUGUCAUAAAGGGAGAUCGUCUACACACAUACACAUAUACAUACAGAUUUAUAUAUAUACAUAUAUCGAUUUCGGAUUUACUGAUGAUGAGGAUUUCGACGAUGUCGGCGUGCAAGCAGCCGCCGCCGCCGCCGCCGCCGCUGAUGAAUUUUCCCGGCGGCGGAAUGAUCAAUAUGGACCAAUUGAUAAUCCCCCGGCAGCGCCGGAAGGAGAAGGCGGUGGUUGUAAUGGGAGCCACCGGGACCGGGAAGUCCCGGCUCUCCAUAGACUUGGCCACCAGGUUCGACGCCGAGGUUGUAAAUUCCGACAAGAUGCAGGUCUACAAAGGCCUGAAUAUAAUCACUAAUAAAGUCACCGGCGACGAAUGCCGCGGCGUGCCGCACCACUUGCUCGGCUUCGUGGACCCAGACCGCGACUUCUCUGCCGCCGAAUUCGCCUGCCACGCCGCCAUCGCGGCGGCGGACAUCGCCGGAAGAGGGCGGCUGCCGAUCCUCGCCGGAGGAUCGAAUUCUUGCAUAAAGGCGCUUGUCUGUGACCACAUUGAUUUCUUCGAGAAGUACGAGGUUUGUUUUAUUUGGGUCGAUGUUUCGAUGCCGGUUCUCCACUCGUUUGUGUCCAAGCGCGUGGAUCAGAUGGUGGCUGCGGGGCUGGUCGAGGAGGCGCGUGAGUUUUACGACCCCGCCGGAGAUUACAGCCGCGGCAUCCGCCGCGCGAUCGGAGUGCCGGAAAUGGACGAAUUUUUCCGGGCGGAGGGCGGCGGCGCCGCCGGGAAGCUUCUGGAAUUGGGGAUUGAGAAAAUUAAGGCGAACACGUGCAAGCUGGCGUGCACGCAGUUCCAGAACAUUCUCCGGCUCUGCGAGGUCCUGGAGUGGCGGGUCCACCGCGUGGACGCCACGGAGGCGUUCCUGAGCCGCGGCGAGGAGUCCGACGAGGCCUGGGAGCGCCUGGUGGCGGGACCGAGCACCCGGAUCGUGGGCCAGUUCCUCUGCGAGGACCAGAUAGAUCUUGUCUCUACCGCCGCCGCCGCGGUGAUUCUGUCCGGCCCCACUAACGCCGCCGUCGCCGCCGCCACCCAUUAAAAUUGGCGGGUAUAAAUAUAUAUAUAUUCCCGCGAAAAUUAACAAUAAUAAUAAACAAUAAAUUAAAUAAAUAAAUCGUCGAAAUUGUGUUCUGGGGCGGACACAGAAGGCUAGAUAUCUUUUCCGGGGUGCCACGUGGCAGACACCCAAAUAUCUUACUAUCGUAAUCAUGAUGUCAUCAUCGUCGUGGUCAUUUCUUUCUUUCUUCCUCGUUGACUUGACAAGUUUGUUGUCGGCCGUACAGUUGGAAGCAUGCAUUUCACAAGACCCUUCCUCUGUCCAAAUAAAAACUUUCACAAAAAAAAACAAAAAUUACAGAAAAUAGAGCCGUUACUAAUCAAGCAGAGGGAUCGGAGUCGGAGUGGAAGAAUUUUUAUUUUUAUUUUUACUUUUUAUU